AUGGACCCAUUCGAGUACAAUGCAAACCCAGGGCGUGUCGUCUUUGGACCUGGUCGCAUAAACAGCCUUCCAGAUGAGAUAAGACGUCUGGGUCUCAAAUCGCCUCUGCUCCUGUCGACACCGCAGCAAGUCAGCCAAGUUGAAGAUUUAGCCAAAAUCCUGACAUCUGCUUCCAUCGAGCCCGCCGGCAUUUACUCAAAUGCCACCAUGCAUACUCCCUCACACAUAACCGACGAAGCGCUGGCGUUUGUCCAUUCCAAAUCCGCAGAUGUGGUCGUCUCAAUAGGUGGAGGCUCAACUACUGGUCUGGGGAAAGCAAUAUCUAUCAGAACAGGCCUUCCACACAUUUGCAUUCCCACUACAUACGCUGGAAGUGAGAUGACACCUAUCCUGGGAGAAACACAAGAUGGCCGCAAGACAACCAGAACAGACCCCAAAAUCCUUCCAGGAGUCGUAAUCUACGACGUUGAUUUGACCAUGACUCUCCCGAGUUCUCUUAGCGCGACCUCAGGCGUCAACGCGAUUGCCCACGCCGUUGAGGCGCUCUAUGCAAAAAACAAGAAUCCCAUUAUCUCUCUCCUUGCACUCGAGGGCACAAAAUCCCUCGCCGAGUCUCUGCCCGAGAUCAUUCAGAACCCUUCCUCCCAAUCGGCACGCGAGAAGGCACAAUACGGAGCCUGGUUAUGUGGGGUGUGCCUAGGCAGUUCCUCUAUGGCCUUACACCACAAACUCUGCCACACCCUGGGAGGGAGCUUCAACCUCCCUCACGCCGAAACACAUACUAUUGUCCUACCUCAUGCACUAUCAUACAACGCCCCUGCCAUCCCUGAUGCAAUGGCGAAGUUGGCCUCUGCCCUACCUGAAAGUGACGGGGAUGCGACCAAAGGUCUGAACAUAUUGCUGGGGAAGCUGAAGGUGAAGAGAGCACUGAAAGAUUAUGGGAUGAAAGAAGAAGACAUCGAUAAAGCCGCAGAGAUCGCCGUGAGCAAUCAGUAUCCAAAUCCCAGGAAGGUCGAGAAGGAACCUAUCAGGGAGCUGAUCAGGAGAGCCUGGGCUGGUGAGGAUGCAAGGGCAGAUUUAUAA